CCUGUUGCUCUAAACAUUAAAAUGAUUAUUUCAUUUUCUGUUCCUCACUUCUGAUUACCUUUAAUAGUGACUGUUUGUUGCAACCACCAGGUACAAAAACUAACUUGUUUUUAUUUGACUAUUUUUCUGUCUUUUCUGUUUAUUAUCUUCCUGCAUCUCCUCUCAAUCCUAAAGAAAAACUGCUACCUGGGUUCAUAUAUAUUCACCUUAUGAGUUACCUUUGAACUGCAGUUCUAAAAGAUCUAUCGACCGCAAAAACAGCGGAGUGCGCGCCGGCCGCAUCACCGGAGGACAAAACAGGUGAUGCGCCCCGCUCCACAGCAGCAAAACGUAUCAGACACAAAUAAAAGACAGAAAACAUAAAAGGAAAUGAGCCGACAUGAACGAUCUUGUUUUAAAUUAGUUUUUGAGGUGGCGACAACUAAUUUGAUAAUGUUACUGUUCAGGACGCAGAUGUCUGGAGUGCAUCAACAAUCAGAGCUUUGCAUGCACACGCUGGUUAAGGUUAGGAUGGGGGUGAGGGGAAGGUUAAAUUGCAAGAGGGUAAACGUCACAAUUUGGUUAAAUGUCCGUUUUACAGCGGGCGUCAGAUACCGACGCGCAGGGGCUCGUCACCUGCUCUCUUUUCCGAGGACUGCAUCUUGUCGGUCAUUAUCACGUGACAGCGACUAGUCUAUGACAGGCAUAACAAGUCACUACAGAGCAGUGAAGUCGACUAGUUCAAACAAACCCCUAUCGUUUCGUCUCCCCUGUGUUAAAAACAUUGUAUCUUAUUAUGAUAUUGUAUCACCAGAUUCUUGUCUAUACCCCUAGAAAGGACCCAAUGACAUGAAUGUCACUAACUGAAGUAUACAAUAAUCUUUAUUAUCAGAACAACAUCAUAGCAACACAGUCAGUACAGUAUUUUACUCUUUGCAACAAAUAAAGCAAAUGCAUAUUAGUAGUCCUUUAUUUGUUUGUUUCAAAACCCCUGAUAGGGUCCCAGCCUAAACUUGUGGAACUACAGUAGUAGUCAAAUGGCAAAAGCCACGAUUAAAAACAAAUGCUUUUCAAAUAGCAUUAAUGUCUCAACAUGUUAUCAAGUUCAGCAUCCAUUUAAAUCUGGUGUUGAAUCAAGGAAGACGUACAAGACAAUGGAUGAACAGUAUUGGGAAAUGGAGGUUUGUGCGUCUUUCAUCAGUGAUCAUCAUGGCCUUCUAGAGGUUUCAUAUUCUCAGCAGGUUCCAAGAUAACACCUAUAGUCUACAGAUGACAUUAGAACAAGGAAUUAGUAGGAAUAUUCAGUACAUAAUUCUACAUGUGACACGAUUGGUUCACUGAAGACACAAAUCAGCAAUGGUGAAUCCCUUAAGUUCAACUGAAUAAAAUUGCAAUAUUGGUAUUAUCAAAUGUCGCAGUAUUUAUAUCUGUUGUGAUGAACCCACAUUUUUCUGAGUCCUCUUUCUCCUUUUAUACAAUGAUGCUGUCACGCUCCACAACUUUCAGCAUAUCAGCUAUUCUUGAAUCUAACCUUGUAGUCGACCAUGUUUAGCAAUCUGAGCAGUUCUUUGCGAUUUUGGUCUUACGCCAGUUGGGAUGUCGUGAUAAUGGAUUAUCCCGCAAUCAUCUCAUCCAGCAGUCUAAUCUAGAUCUGACAAACGCAAGGAAUGCAUGAAUAAAUUCGAAUUUGAGAGAAGAAAAAUCCGUAUUACUGUUUUUUUUUAAUCUAAAAUAUAAAGUUUAUCUUUUUUAGGUUUUUCUAGUAAAAAGUGAAUUUACCACUGAGCAGAUUGGUCUUAAUUUUGUGUUCUGUGAACCAAGUUCUAAUCCUCAUGAUCACGGAGCGGUUUUGUUUUAGUGCUGGCAUAUGGGUUUGAGUUGUGAUAAAGAGCAAGGUAAUGUGUGGUUCGUCCUUUUAUCUAGCUAGAGGCAGGUGUGUGUGCACGUUUUUUUGUUGACUAGACUGCGUCUUGUGGAUCAAGUUCUUUUUGACCUAUUCUUGACCCCCACAUAGCAGGACCUCCCUGAUCGUUUACCGACGGCCCCCCUCCUGGGCUGCUUCCUGGUUUCAGUUGUCUGUUUACACACAUUCAGACUCACAGGCUUCUUCAUGCUUUAACUGGGUUGUAGAAGUGAAGUCGAUUUCCACCAACAUUUUCAGAAACUGAAUUUCUAGCUUCCCUCUGUCUGGACUCCAUUCAGCCGUUUCACACUUAAGAAAUAAAUUAUUAUUCCGUUUUCACAUGUCUGCAGACAGGGCGAAGCAGUAAAGGAAGUUUGUCUCAUCCGUGCAGCAAUGAUUGUUUUAACAUUGAUCCAUGUCCGUGAUGCAGCAGCUGGUGAAAUGAGGGAAGAAGUGUUAGCUCUGAAAGGUUUUUAGAGUUAACACACUGGCUGCUAACAGUGACUUAGCCACAUGUGUGGUCAUGCUGAACUGUUCUUUUUUUCUUCAAAAGAGCAUGUAAUGGGGGGAAAGAAGAAUAACAAAAGCCCAUUUUUGAGGCUACAUGCUUCCCAUGUGUUUUGCCCUUGUUCUGCCAUCAAUACUUUUUGAAAACAUCCCAAGAUGCACGUGAAUCCUUAACCCAACUUUUCACCGCAUGCAUAAGUGACUCGUAAUGUAAUAUACGGUACACAUUUUCCUCAUGACCCUAGCAGUGCUUCCGUUCUCCACCAGGAGCAUAUCUACUGUGCAUUGGCAGUGAACUCUGCUCAUGCAAACACACAAAGUCACCAGAGAAUUGCAGGACUGAGUGUGAUUUACCCAGAUCAGGUGAUAAAUUUAGAUUUUUUUUUAAUGGUCAAGCAAAAAGAAAUCUGAAAUCUUUAUUAUCAAAAUUGUCGGAUGCUUUUUAUUACUCCUAUUUGUUGUUUCCUGUCUGUUCCUAUCUGAAGUAAUGAGCUUGACGUGAUCGUAGAAAUAAAAUAAAGGCCGGAAACAUAAAUUUGUAACUUUACAUUGACGUGCCGCUCCACGUCUGGUGGAAACGCACCAGCCAUAACGACAGCUAUUAGUUGCGUAUUACUCUUCGCUGACAUUAUGCAUCAAUCACGCAUACGAUGGAAAGCCGUGGUUGGAGAGGAAAUGUGCGUCAUGUAGAAUGCAUGGCAGAGUUAAGAAUGCUUCAUGCAAAAUGCAAUGAGUAAAAAUAUUUGCAGUGCUUUUAUGUUAAUAUUGUUUUUGUUUAAACAGGAAUUUGGUCAAUUAAACAGCUCUACGUUUACUUAAAGUUGCGUUUUUUUUGUUUUUUUUUUUUUUUUACUGCAGAAAUAUGAGUAGGUCGGUUCUGUUGCAACUCCAAACUGAGGUAGUUAUUUAGUGAGACAAUAGUUGUCACUUCCUCUCUGAACUAUACCUUUGGGCUGAAAUUGGGAACAAAAUCUUGAAGUAGCAACACAAAAAUGUGAUUUCUAUCGUUCUCUAUCAAGUCUUCAAAUACUUGGUCUAAGCAAAACUGUGAAAUCACUAAAACCCACCAUCCUUAGAGCAGCCAUCCCUCCCUCUUUAUCCUCAUCCUUAGCUUCCUCUCAUCCCUGUUCUGCGGUCCGUCGCUCCGUUGGCCAAUGGAAGACAUCGCUGCUCAUGUUGGCCGCGUGGAGUGAGAGGAAAAGAUGCUCAUGGCCUUUCCUCUGCUGACAGCAGCUCUUUACAAGGCUGAGUAUGUUUUCAAGGAGAGCUUUAGGGUGAGUGAGUGUGUGUGAGACUCAGACAUGGGUGUGCGCAACUGCUCUGCAUUGUGGUAUAAUCCUAAUGUUGGCAUUCCAGUGGCUAGUCCAUGGACACGACCACUAAGAAGAAUGAGAUGCCACAAAUACUUUGUUUUUGCCACUUGAAAAACUUAAGUCCUGACAAACAUGUGAGCAAAUGUUGUACUUGACCUCGGUGUUGUCACACUUUCCAAUGAUGAUGAGUGUGUUUGUUUUGGAGGCUAAAAUCUGUCUGGACAAAACAGCGGGGGUCAAACGAGACUGCAUUUCCAACCACUGCUGCAUCAGCAUUUGGCACACGUCUGCGAUGCAACCUGUCUACAGCGUGAUUCACCGUUUCUGACUGGCUGCUAAUCACAGAGGAGCGUUCGAGCAUAUCGUCAUGUAGGUUCAAGGUUAGAUGUGCGCAUGAAAAGUGGACAAUUUGGAGCCAUGCAAAUUUUCACACACACCCUGUCGUUUUGGAGGAACUGGUGGUUUAGGGCACUGGAGCAGAGACGCUUCCUGAUCAGCUUCAGAACUGAAUCCUCCCCCUCUACAAGAGUCUGCAUCAUCCUGUGCAACAUCGUGUGACGGGCCAGGUAAUGGCUCUGAAGAUGAACAUCUCAGUCAGUAACAGAGCCAACAUGCUCAGGGAGGUCCAGCUCAUGAACAGGCUGUCACACCCCAACAUACUCGGGUUUAUAGGAGUGUGUGUCCAUGAGGGACAACUCCACGCUCUCACAGAGUACAUUAACGGUGGUAACUUGGAGCAGUUGCUGAGCAGUGAAUUGUACCUGUCGUGGAGCGUGCGGCUCAGCCUGGCUCUGGACAUUGCGCGGGGACUGAAGUACCUGCACAGCAAGGGCAUCUUCCACAGGGACCUCACCUCCAAGAACUGCCUGGUGCGCUGGGACAGCGGCGUGUGUUCAGCCGUGGUGGGAGACUUUGGCCUUGCUGAGAAGAUCCCAGAUUACAGUGAGGAAGAAGCCCAAGAGCCUCUGGCUGUUGUGGGCUCCCCCUACUGGAUGGCUCCGGAGGUGCUCAGAGGAGAGGUGUAUAACGAGAAGGUUGACGUCUUUGCAUAUGGGAUCAUCUUGUGUGAGAUCAUUGCGAGGAUACAGGCCGACCCAGACAUCUUGCCACGAACUGCGGACUUUGGUCUGGAUGUUGAGGCUUUCCAGCUGAUGGUGGAGGACUGCCCACCUGACUUCCUGGAUUUGGCCAUUUCUUGCUGUAAUAUGAAUGCAAAUCUCCGUCCAUCUUUCUCCCAAAUCGUAGCCGUGCUGGAGAAGAAUAAAGCUGAGCGAAAGCAGAGGGAUGAACCCCUGAUUGAUGCUGCAUCUCCAGCUGCCAGGCCUCUACGAAGGCGGUCUCUCAACCUGAUGUCAGAUCCUCACCUCUCCCGCAGCAAGUCCGACAUGUUGCAUUCUACGGACGCGCCCUCUUGUGUUACCAUGGCUACUCCUGCUCGAGUCAACCCCUUCUCUCAGCGGGAGGACCUUAAAGGCGGGAAAAUCAAGCUUUUCGACACUCCCAGCAAGUCGGUCAUCUCCCUGACCUUCGCCUUGCCUCCUCCACCAGACUGUAACGAUGUUCCAGUAUCUGAAGAUGAUGUGGACGAAAUGCCCAGGAGGCACAGGCGCUGCCACUCACUGCCCUGUACGCCUCCUCCACACCUCAUGGCGGCUCCGAAAUUCGUGCUCACCGAGGAGGGGUCGACGUCUGACACGGACAAUGUGUGUGUGUGUUCCAGUGACAGGAACAAAGCAAGUGAGGAGGACCGUCUGUUAGGAGGUGAAAGUGAGUCUUGUCUGGCAGGCGAUUCAGGUCUUCCGUUGUCUACUGAACCCUUGUCGAUGGACUUCCUGGACCACGAGCAGCAGGAGGAGGUGAGGGAGGAACCCAUGGACUUCACUAGCUCUCCUGAUUCUCAGGACAUCUCAUCUCCGGACUCCAAACGACCUCCUCCUCCUGCCCUCUCCUCAACUCCCUUUCAACCUUCCACCCCUCCCUUCUCUAAUGGCUGGGGGUCAGCCAUAUCCAACGGACCUCCAUGUCUGCCUCCCCUCUCGAGUUUGGACAACCAAAACGUGGUCAUUAGUCGACCGUUAGGCUGGAGCGAUGAUAACACUCCUUUAACCAACAACAAUGGCUACCACACCCCUCCCAGCGACCCUGCUGGCUCAUCUCCCUUUGUUUCUGGCAGUGGACACUCCCUGGACCAGGAGGAGGUCAUCUCUUGCCCCGGCUGCUGCUUGGCUGGACUUCGCUUCCCCUCGGUGUGUCUCAGAGCUCCACCGCGCAGAAACCCCUACAAAAACUUGAACGGGGACCAUGUGGCCUCUCGUGGGCUGCUCUGUUCAGGACUCAAGGGCCUCCCAUCGUCAUCCCCUCCCACAACCACCAACACCAGCCUGGAGCCUGGACUCGCCUUGCCUGGGGCGCAGACAUAACCCUUCAACACCAAAUGAGCAAGCUUUACCUAAAGCUCUUCCCUGGAAUCUAAGCGGGUCUUCUUAGAAUUUGCACAGAUUUUUAUGCAGCAAUACUCGUCUUAUUUUCCAGACACUUUCUUUUUGUUGCACAGGAGACUUCGAGUGUCUAUGUGGGUUCACUGAAAUACUGUCCAGACUUUAGACUCCCUCCAAGAAAGAUGUGGGACAUGACCUUUUGGUGGUGGCGCCCUCUGCUGGACAGAGGGCGCCACCACUGGGGACAUCUGAUUUGACUGGUUGUGUCCAGAACUGAUCAGCAUGCGAACGCUCCAGUUUUGAUCCGAGUCAGCUGGUCGUGUACCAGUAAAAGCUGUAAAGAUUAUUUAUGAAAGCUGAUCAUGGUAAUGCUGAAACAAGGAAUGUUAAGCUUAGUAUUAAUACUGCUGCAAGGAUUUGUUUUUGUUUGUUGUUUGGUGUUGCUUCUGAAUGAACAGGCAGUUUUGCUUUAAUGUCUUAAUUAACAAGAGCUGUAUGGUGCAGAGCUGUGUGCGUGCGUGCGUCUUUCACCAUUCUUACGACUAUUUUUGUUGCUGUAUGAUCUUCGUUGGCCGUUCUGGUUGCCUGUUUAAGCUCUUCAACUGUAUUAUUGUAUAAAGGAAACUUAUUAUAUUUGGAAAUGAAUGGUCACAGACCUGCUUGAGAUGUACAGAUUCUUAUUUAAAGAUGGAAUUGAAUAAAGAUAGAAUGCACUA